AUGGAUGUGUUGGCCGCUCCUGCAGACAGACAUAAAGGAUGGUACCUUUCUCUGAUGGCACCCAACACAAAAGGUCCAUCGUUUGCCUGGCUGGAUCCAUCCAGACUCUACUGCAACUCCCAGGCUUUUGCAGACUGUGUCAAAGACCUUCUCAGCCCUUUCCACAGCGACAGUAUUGACCUGGUUGCCGGGAUAGAUGCAAUGGGAUUCAUUCUUGGUGCAUCUGUUGCUGCCACCCUCGAAAAAGGUUUUCUGGCCAUUCGAAAAGCAGGACACUUGUGUGUUGCAACCCAAAAUCAAAACUACACAGACUACACAGGCAGAGAAAAGACUAUGGAAGUAAGAUUGGAUGUGCUAAAACCAGGUAUGAGGCUGCUGUUGGUGGACCAAUGGAUCGAGACUGGAGGCACAAUGAAGGCUGUGAUCCAGCUGGUGGAGAGGCUCGGAGCCACUGUUGUAGGUGUAGCAGCCGUGGCCAUCGAGAACACUGAAGGAGGAAAGUGGAUUAAAGAAAAUUACAAAUUCUCUCACUGCAUCCCCGAAGAGCUCCAGAGCCAAAUUGACCGGAAGUAUCUCGAUUCCUUCAAAAGCUUCUGAAGAAUAA